AUGAACAUCCAUUGCACCGGAACCCAGUAUUUACCCGAGGUUUUUACCACCCAUUUCAUUUUCUCGCGCGCAGUCCUCUCCUCUGGCGGUCACGGCGGCGGUGGCGGCAACGCGUCCGCGCACUCCUCGGACAGCCACCUCGCGCUCUGCGGGGCCAACUUCUGCGUCCUCAACACCCUCGGCAACGACAACCUGGAGCGGCCGCCAGACUCGGAGAUCUACGAGAUCUCCACCAUCUACCUGUGCUGCGUGGUGGCCGCUGUGGCCUUCGUCGCCUUCUUCGUGGACCCUCUCUCGAGGUACGGAGAGAAGCAGCGCAAGACCGACGGCCAGGAGCUCACCGGCAUCCAGCUGCUGUCCGCCACCGCGUACCAGCUCAAGAAGCCCAACCAGCAGCUUCUCAUCCCCAUCACCGUCUGGAUCGGCAUGGAGCAGGCCUUCAUCGGCGCCGACUUCACCCAGGCGUACGUGUCCUGCGCGCUGGGCAUCCCCUCGGUGGGCUACGUCAUGAUCUGCUUCGGCGUGGUGAACGCCAUGUGCUCGCUGCUGUUCGGCUCGCUCAUGAAGUUCGUGGGCCGGUCGCCGCUCAUGGCGCUGGGCGCCGUGGUGCACGCCGUGCUCAUCGGGGUGCUGCUCAUGUGGCGGCCGCACCCGGACUCGCCGCUCGUCUUCUUCGCCAUCUCCGGGCUGUGGGGCGUGGGCGACGCCGUCUGGCAGACUCAAGUCAACGGUCUCUACGGUACGCUGUUCAGGCGAAACAAGGAGGCCGCCUUCAGUAACUACCGGCUGUGGGAGUCGGCGGGCUUCGUGGUGGCGUACGCGUACAGCACGCACCUCUGCGCGCGCAUGAAGCUGUACGUGAUGCUGUCCGUGCUGCUGAUCGGCAUCUGCGGCUACAUCAUCGUCGAGUUCCUGCACAUGCGCAAGAAGAGGCGCAUGAAGAGGCUGGCCGAGGACCCCAAGGCCGCCGCCAAGGAGGCCGCGGCCGCCGCCGAGGCCGCCAAGGCGUCGGGCGUGCCCGCCGUCGAGGAGACGGACGACGAGCAGGACGAGGCCGACGACGACAUCAUCGUCACCCACCUCUAAACGGGGCGACCCGUCCUGGCGGUGCCGAGGGCGGUGCAGCGCGGGGGGCCGCGGAGUGCGCGAGGAACACUAGUGUGCAGUGCGAGUCUGACGCCUCCAUGACCCCCGUGAACCACCAACACCACCGCACGGCGCUGCCCGCCGACGCACCCCGUCGUCGCCGACCCGUCACCCGAUGACCUGACGGCCGGCCGACCUGCUGGUCACGACGACGGAGAUGUGACGUGACGUCGGCGCGACGUCGCGGUCGCCUCGGCGCGGGUCUUCUUCUCGCCCUGGAGGCGGCCCGCGGCCAUGUGCUCCUUCUGCACCGAGAUCGACCCGAGUCCGACGCGUCCGCGUCGAGCCAUUGCCAUAUUAACAUCACUGAAUGAAGGUCCAGGGCGGCCGUCGCGGGAGUGCCAGCGGGGCGUGACGAGCAGGUUGGCAAACCUGACGCGGUCCAAUGAGAGAGAGAAACAAGUGUGAGUGUAGUCCCGGUGAGCGCAGGGUCCGACCCCCUGCCACGUUGUGUAUGUAGUGUGUCUUAUUUUAUAAAAUUCUGUUUUCGCAUUUUGCUAAAGAGAAAGAAAUGUUGUUAACGUUGUUCAUAUUCAUUUUAAUGGAGGAUAGAUAGUAAUGUUUGCGAUCUGCUGCUCGCGAGUGACUAUGGCGCCUGCUCACUCCUGUGGCCAAAUUCAAACCCUUUUGAUUAAAAAAAUAAACUUUAAAAACAUGUGAUUGAUCUUCUGUUUGAUGUGGAAAGGCAGGUCCUCUCCAAUUGUUGAAUUCCGAGGUCGAAUUUCUGGUCCCAGCAAUGCGUCGCACUGCUUGUGUGUGUAAAGAAUUGUUGCCAUAUCCCUGUAAGGUGUAUUUUUCGGUGCCAUUGCCGCCGCCGGCCGCUGGUUCGCACCAGAGCUCGGCGCGGGGUCCCCACACGUAGCUCAACUGAGCGCGAGUCAUUGGCGAAAGUUGAAAGUGUUGGCGACGGACACUGUGCGGUUAGCUGGAAGGCAAGUGUGUCCCCCGCCUUGUCAGUUUCGCGUAUGGCGAGAGGGAGACAGAGGGGAGGGGGGCUGAGACAGACAGUCCAUGCCUCCCACUCUGCUCCAACUGUCCACUAGGAGGUGAUUUCUUGAUCGGGCGAUCGAUCGUUUUGUGUAUCCCCAGGUAGAACACCGCACCGGCACAUUACAGGCGUCAGAAAAGUGCCCCGCAUCUUCGAAUAGCGCUAGUUUAGCGCCCUAGAGGUGCGGAUGUUCUACUGGGGAUUUCCCCCUCUUCUCUCCUCCGCCGUUUAUUGCUGCUCACCAGUCUUUUCGUGCACUUGAGUUGGUUUGGGCUGGCCAUAGGAGUUGAGUGCUUGUAAUAAAAAAAAAUAAUAUUGGGCUCACUGUUCUUUUAUUUUUUUACGUAAGAAAAAGUGCAUGUUUCGGGAGGACUUAUACUGUGCCGAUGGCAAAAUGUCCAACGCCCGGGAGUUACGCUUGCUCUGUAACCCGGGCGUGGGACAUUCUAGGCCUUUUGUACAAACUGUAAUGAAAAAAUUUGCGGGUCAUGUACAUAGACUUUGUUGAACAAAUUUGUAGUUUGAAAGCGGUAGUUUAAGUUGGCCCAUGCUAUGAGUUGGUUUGAGGAACAAAUGCCUGUGAAACAAGGGACUCGCGUCCACAGCCGGUUCAUCUUAAGGCACGGCUGGCUGUCAAUUGGAUUUUUGUUAGUUUGGUCACAAUAUUUAUGGUUUUGCCGUAGGUUUAAAAUAUUUUUCGUCGAUAGUGUAAAGUUUUAAUUAAAUAAUUGUAUUAUUACUACCCAAUGAUUUCUUUUUGUUCUUAGAAUAGGUGAAUAGAGACAGCGUUUCGUCUCUGGUACAAAGUCACCCGACUCUAUAGAGCGAUUGUCCUGUUUCAUUAUUCUUCACAAUCCUGCUUUACCUCAUCCCUCAGUAAAUAUCGUCAGAUGUAAUACGUAUUAUAAAUUUGCAUGCAUCUGUUGUAGAAGAAACUCGCAAAUCUUUUAAGAUUUGCUAAGAAUAGCGAUAACCUAAAAAAGACAAGAUCUCGAUAUUACACAUUUGAAAUGUUAAUAAACAAACCUUGUGUGUCACUCA